UCGUAUUGCGUAUUGUCAGAAUACGCGCACAAACACUGCCCAAGAAUCUCACUUUAGUAAAAGCAAACAGCAGUUACAAUCCAAACAACAUGUCGAGCGGAGGAUGCAAGGUCUGGGCCGACUGCAGCUGUGGGUCAUCGUGCUCUUGCGGUGACGCGUGCACGUGCGGAUCCGUGAAGCAGACCAAGACUGCGACUUCUCGCAGCGCCGGCGACUGCCCCUGCGGGGACAACUGCAAGUGCGGAUCCUCGUGCAAGUGCACCUCGGGAGGAACCUGCGACUGCGGCUGCGGCUGCAAGUAGUAACCGCGAUGAUUUCCCGAACGGACGGGGGCUUCACUUCGAACAGCAGCUCCCAACGUCCGGGCUCGUUGUAGGAAGAAAAAUGUACGCUCGGGGUCUGACCCUUCAACGCUGUCUCUCCUAUGCUGCUGGUGCUUGGCAUGGAAGAGAAGUUGGCGGCGAUUGAUCGAGCUACGUGUUGGAUGCUAUCGUGGGCGGAUGUCUUAUUUGUCCUGGAAAAAAUGAAGAGUCCUGUAGACAAUAGAAGUAGGUGGUAGAAGGGGCUGAGGGGGUGCGGCAGUCGGACCCGUGGCCUUAUCAUACACCGAAUGGGUAUUUCGGGGGGUGGAAACGCACGACGAAACGAGACUAUUGGCUAUGUCUUUCGAUGUAGUUGCACGAGGGAUCCGCUUGUGUGGAUUCGCUUCGGUCAUUCGUCGCGCGCUAGUGCGUGUGGUUUGUGUAGGGGAGGGGGGGGCAUUCCAAUGCGUCCAUAUCCGCGUGCGGGGACUGGGGAUCGGGGCUCAACAUGUUUGUCAAAUGCACCCCCUGUGCACAGCACCGUUAUAUGUGAACACAGGAAGGACUUGUACCGUUUUGGGUGUGAUGGACGUUUGGCAAGGGGAAGGAGGACAAGGCCAUUUGAUCGAUAUCAAAAAUAAAGAGCGGGGUAUAUGAGAGCAAUCAAUGGGGUAGGGUGAGCAAAGGCCUGUUCAAACCCUUGCGGUCCUGCCCUUUGCUCAAAGUGUCUUGCGUUGUGCGCACCUAAGUAUUCAACAACGCUCUUCAGUUCGAUUCUCUCUUGUCUGUGAACAAUAACAUGUUGUGACGUUUGCGGUGGAAAACGAUCUUCUUGCUAAUCGUGGGAACGAGCUGCUUCGGUUGAAGUCUCGUUCUGCAUGAGGUGAUGGAGUUGGCUCACGGACGAAGACCCCGGUCGGCAGAGCGACCAAACACAACGAAGGGGGAAAGACCGCGAACGUCGUUAAUUUUGAACACGAUUGAUGAAAGCCGACCAUGGAAUGCAGCAGUGUGCACGAACGGUGGCACGUAGUUCGCGUUCGUCUCGCCUAUUAUGGUGCCACUAUUCACCUUUCGGUGCAUGUGUUUAACGUACCAGGCGUGUUCAAACACCAAAUCCCUUCGCAGCAGUGUUUUCUUAUUCGUGUCCAUGGGUUCCAACAGCAAACCACAUCUUGGUUGACCUUUCUUUUAUUGCCCUACCCUGCCUCUUGCGGUGGCGUUAUUAUCGCGGAUGUGUUAGCAACUUUCCCUUAGCAUCGUCGACGUAAACAGAAUUCAUGUGCUCGGCAUUUUGGCUUCACGAUCACUAUUACUGUAUAGUAGUAGUCGAUACCGUUGACCUUCCCCAUCGUCCUCGGCCAAUGGGAGAAACACGUCAAUCAAGGUGCCAUGAACCAACACGAGUAGGGU